AUGGUCUUAUCAGAAAAAGUGAACCAGCUGAUGGAGUGGGCCAGUAAAAGAUCAGUUAUUCGAAUGAAUGGAGACAAAUUUCGACGCCUUGUGAAGGCACCACCCAGAAAUUACUCGGUGAUUGUGAUGUUCACUGCUCUUCAGCCUCACAGACAGUGUGUUGUGUGCAAGCAAGCUGAUGAGGAAUACCAGAUUCUGGCAAACUCCUGGCGAUAUUCCAGUGCAUUUACCAACAAGAUUUUUUUUGCUAUGGUUGAUUUUGAUGAAGGUUCAGAUGUAUUUCAGAUGCUAAACAUGAACUCUGCUCCAACCUUCAUUAAUUUCCCUGCCAAGGGGAAGCCAAAGCGGGGUGACACAUAUGAGCUCCAGGUGCGCGGCUUUGCAGCCGAGCAGCUUGCUCGCUGGGUGGCUGACAGGACAGAUGUCAAUAUUCGUGUGAUACGGCCACCAAACUAUGCAGGACCAUUGAUGUUAGGAUUGCUGCUGGCUGUCAUUGGAGGCCUCGUCUAUUUGCGUGGAAGCAAUCUGGAUUUUCUGUAUAACAAAACUGGCUGGGCAUUUGCUGCUUUGUGUUUUGUGUUAGCAAUGACAUCAGGCCAGAUGUGGAACCACAUUAGGGGUCCACCCUAUGCUCAUAAGAAUCCCCACACAGGACAAGUGAACUAUAUCCAUGGGAGCAGCCAAGCCCAAUUUGUGGCAGAAACACACAUUGUUCUUCUGUUCAAUGGUGGUGUUACUUUAGGAAUGGUACUCCUCCACGAAGCUGCUACUUCUGACAUGGAUGUGGGGAAAAGAAAAAUCAUGUGUAUUGCUGGCAUUGGCUUGGUGGUGUUGUUCUUCAGCUGGUUGCUGUCUGUCUUCAGAUCUAAAUAUCAUGGCUACCCAUACAGUUUCCUAAUGAGUUAAAGGAUUCCAGAUUCUGUAACAUCAGAAGGGCGGUGACUCUGAAAUUGUGUGUAAUGGAAUGGAAGAGCUAAAGAUGUAUGGUUCGUGCUACCUCUUUAUGCUGAAUGAGAUAGUUAAAGACUGAACCAAAGAUGAUGUGUAGUGCCUUAAAUGUAACAAUUUGCUCUGAAGGACACAGAGUAUUAAGAUGCAAUCUCAUUUUCAUAAGCUUUACAUCUU